AUGAACUUUGCUGCAUCCUGCUCAACUAUCAUCAAGACCCUCGUGCUGAUGGCCUCUACCGUCAAUGCUCAAUGCUCUGACGUCCACGUCGUGUUCGCUCGUGGAAGCGGCGAAAUACCCGGUCUCGGAAUCUGUGGGACGCCGUUCGUGAGAAGCCUCACUUCGACUCUCUACGGCAUGAGCGUUUCAUCGUACGCUGUGAACUACCUUGCCUUGGCUUCUCAAACAAGUGCCGGUCCAGGAGCGUCUGACAUGUCAAAGCACGUCAUGCAGAUGGCCCAACAGUGUCCCAACACUAUGUUUGUGCUGGGUGGGUACUCCCAGGGGGCUAGUGUUGUUGACAUUGCCAUCGGCAUCGACACCACGCUUGGCAAGGGCACCGUUAUCCCGGAACAUCUAGCACCACGGAUCAAGGCUAUCGUGACGUUUGGCAAUCCGUUGCGACUCACCGGCCUGACGAUCGCCCGUGCGAGUGCACUCUACGGAUCCAAGGCGAUUGAGUUUUGCAACUUUGGCGAUCCAGUGUGUGGCAAUGGUGCCAACGCACUUGCGCACACUUUGUAUCCGUCGGAUGGCAGCGUCAUGAAAGCGGCGAGUCAAGCUGCUGCUUUGGUGAAGAACUAG